GAACGGAUCCUGGUCAACAAGUAUUCUAAUGAUUACCAGAGGACAUUGGCAUGAAAGAAAUUCUCUUUUAUAACGAAUACAUCUUCAACAUUUUUCGUCUUUUAAAGUCUUGAAGAAAAAGGUUAUACAGAACACAUCUAAGCCUAUUUCUAUAAAUCUCUGGUAGAAAUUCUAUGAAAUGUUUGCUCUGAACUGAGAUUAGUAGCAACAUUUUUCUACUUCAAUAUCUGAUGCUUUGCCUUCUCGUUACUCUUUGAUGACUUUCUAAAUUUAUAGCAUCUUUAGAUAUCAGUGAAGUUCGCAAUUGAUCGCAUGGAAUAUAUUUGUAAGGAAUAAACUAUAACAAGAAGAAGGAGAAAGAUAGGGGUAAAAAUUUAAUGUGGUGAGAAACUCUAAGGAUUGGGUCUAUAUUUAUUCCUCAAAGUAAUUUUGAAAGAUAUGCGAAAAUCAUUCUAUCAUUGUGAUAUCUGUGGUAAAGUAUUCUCUCAAAGAAGGGACUUAAAUAUACACAGACGUAUUCACACAGGAGAGAGACCAUUUCACUGUGAUAUCUGUGGUAAAUCAUUCUCUGUAAGCGGUAGUUUAACUAUGCAUAGACGUAUUCACACAGGAGAAAAACCAUUUGACUGUGAUACCUGUGGUAAAUCAUUCUCCCAAAACAAUCACUUAACUAGACAUAAGCGUAUUCAUACAGGUGAGAAGCCGUAUGAGUGUGAUUUCUGUGGGAAGUCAUUCUCUGAUAUAAGUGCCUUAAUUAGUCACAAACGUUUUCACACAGGAGAUAAACCAUUUCCUUGUGAUAUCUGUGGUAAAUCAUUCCCUACAAGCAGUCAUUUAACUAGACACAGACGUAUUCACACAGGAGAAAAACCAUUUCAAUGUGAUAUCUGUGGUAAAUCAUUCACUGCAAAUGGUGAUUUAACUAAACACCGGCGUAUUCACACAGGAGAGAAGCCAUUUCACUGCGAUAUCUGUGGGAAAUCAUUUUCUAGAAACUGUCAUUUAACUUCUCACAAACGUAUUCAUACAGGAGAGAAGCCAUUUUGCUGCAAUCUCUGUGGUAAAUCAUUCACUGCGAGCGGUGAUUUAACUAUACACAGACGUAUUCACACAGAAGAGAAACCAUUUUACUGUGAUAUUUGUGGUAAAUCAUUCUCUGUAAACAGUAAUUUAACUAGUCACAAACGAAGUCAUACAGGAGAAAAGCCAUAUCACUGUGAUAUUUGUGGUAAUUUAUUCUCCUACAGACAUGUCUUGGUUAAUCACAAACGUAUUCAUACAGGAGAAAAGCCAUUUCACUGUGAUAUCUGUGGUAAAUCAUUCUCCGUAAGCUGUGCUUUAACUAGUCACAAACGUAUUCAUUCCGGAGAGAAACCAUUUCACUGUGAUUUCUGUGGUAGAACAUUCUCUCAAUGCGGUAGUUUAACUAAACACAGGCAUAUUCACACAGGAGAGACACCAUUUCACUGUGAUAUCUGUGGUAAAUCAUUCCCUAUAAACAGUCAUUUAACUCAACACAGGCGUAUUCACACAGGAGAGACACCAUAUGACUGUGAUAUCUGUGGGAAAUCAUUCUCUCAAAACAAUCACUUGACUAUACACAAAUAUGUUCAUACAGGAGAGAAACCAUUUUGCUGUGAUUUCUGUGGUAAAUCAUUCUCUCGAAGCAAUCACUUGACUAUACACAAAUAUGUUCAUACAGGAGAGAAAAACAAGGAAGAGCUCCUGAAGUUCUUGGGAAUGAAGAAUUACUUUGCAACAUCAAUUCCAAACUUCAUCGUGGAAGCACAACCAUUAAGGGAGCUCCUCAAGAAAAAUAUACCAUUUGAGAUGUCUGAAGACCACAUACACUGUUUUGGAAAACUCAAAUCAACCAUAUCAGAGAAAUCAAACCUCAGGUUCUUUGACCUAAAGAAACCAACAGAACUCGAGGUAGACAGGUCUUUGAAAGGAUUCACAGCAGUUAUCAUACAAGAUGGCAAACCUGUGGCAUUUGCACCGAAAGCCCUUGACAAAAGAGAGGAACCAAAUGACUGUGAUAUCUGUGAUAAAUCAUUCACUAACCGUAGUAGUGUUACUGCACAUAAACGUACUCAUACAGGAGAGAAGCCAUAUUAUUGUGAUACUUGUGGUAGAUCUUUCUCUGAAAAUACUGCCUUAACAAAACACAAACAACUGGACAGAAAUUCAACCGUAGAAGUAUUUGUAAAAAAUAAAGCAUACGAACAAAAACAAGAAAAAUAUAUAUUCUUGGAUUUGAGAAGAAAAAUAAUGGAAGAGAGAGAGAAAAUUGUACAAUGGAUUUCCUCUGAACACAUGACAAAACAGAUGAGAUCAUAUGACAGUGAUAUGUGUACAAGGUCCUUCCUUCAAAACAGUAACCUAAGUUUUCAUGCAGGAGAAAAACCAUAUCACUGUGAUGUGUGUGGUAAAUCAUUCUCCCAAAGUAUUCGCUUAACUACACACAAACGCAUUCAUACAGGAGAAAAACCAUAUCACUGUGAUGUUUGUGGUAAAUCAUUCUCUUCAAAUUUUUCCUUAACUACACACCAACGCAUUCAUACAGGAGAGAAACCAUAUCACUGUGAUAUGUGUGGUAAAUCAUUCUCUCAAAGUGGUCACUUGGCUGGGCACAAACGUAUUCAUACAGGAGAGAAACCAUAUCACUGUGAUGUCUGUGGUAAAUCAUUCUCACAAAAUGCUCACUUAUCUACACACAUACGUAUUCAUACAGGAGAGAAACCAUAUCAGUGUGAUAUCUGUGGUAAAUCAUUCUCUGAAAAUACUGCGUUAACAAAACACAGUCGUAUUCAUACAGGAGAAAAGCCAUAUCAGUGUGAUAUCUGUGGUAUAUCUUACUCUCAUAAUACCUUAAUUAUACACAAACGUGUUCAUACAGGAGAGAAACCAUACGACUGUGAUAUCUGUGGUAAAUCAUUCUCUACGAAUAGUGUCUUAACUAAACACAAGCGUACUCAUACAGGUGAGAAACCAUAUCAUUGUGAUACCUGUGGUAAAUCAUUCUCUGCAAAUAGUGCCUUAAUUAUACACAAGCGUAUUCAUACAGGAGAGACACCAUAUCAUUGUGAUAUUUGUGGUAAAUCAUUUCCUGGAAGUAGCGACUUAACGAAACACUAUUAUAUUCAUACAGGAGAGAAGCCAUAUCAUUGUGAUUUCUGUGGUAAAUCAUUCUUUCGUAAUAGUAACUUAACACAACACAGGCGUAUUCAUACAGGGGAGAAACCAUAUCAUUGCGAUAUUUGUGGUGAAUUAUUCUCUCAAAGUACUCAUUUAACUACACACAAACGUAUUCAUACAGGGGAGAAACCAUUUCAUUGUGACGUUUGUGGUAAAUCAUUCUCUCAAACUAGUCUCUUAACUAAACACAAGUAUAUUCAUACAGGAGGGAAACCAUAUCAUUGUGAUAUCUGUAGUAAAUCAUUCUCUCAAAGCAAUCACUUGACUAUACACAAAUAUGUUCAUACAGGAGAGAAACCAUAUCAGUGUGAUAUCUGUGGUAAAUCAUUCUCUAGUGAUAGUAACUUAAGAAAACACAAACGUAUUCAUACAGGUGAGAAACCAUUCCCUUGUGACAUCUGUGGUAAAUCAUUCUCUCAAAGUAUUCACUUAACUGGGCAUAAACGUAUUCAUACAGGAGAGAAGCCAUAUAAUUGUGACAUCUGUGGUAAAUCAUUCUCUGAAAGUCGUUCAUUAACUAGACACAAAUCUAUCCAUACAAGAGACAAAUGAUGCAGCUAAUUUCUCUAGUAUCUUGUUUGCGUUAUUUUUUUAAAGGCGCUGCCCCAGCAUGGCCACAGUCAAAUGACUGAAACAAGUAAAAGAGUAAUAUUCGUAUGUUUUAUGCAAUGGAGAUUAAAGUAUUUCCAAAUCUUUUA